CAACAACAACAACAAAGACAGCUUCGGCUGAAGGAAGUUCACGGACACACGAAACCCGAUAUCCGCACAUCAUGGGCGCCGGCAGCUCUAAGCCCGCGGCUCCGGCCGACUCGAAGCACGUUUUCUCGAGGUAGGAUUGCUUUGCUUGUUACAUUGGACAAUUAUAUAUUGCUCUGAGGGUGUUGGUAUAUCGAUUGGCUUGGGCUCAAUGCAAGCUAUUGAAGCCGGACUCUCUUCACCGAGGAUGAUCAUACCUACCAUAUAAAUAAAUAAUUCGACAUGGGGCGACACCCUUCAAACCAUCAAACACGGCCACAAUGGAAAUAAAAACAGAAUACCAGGCUAACAGCUAUAUCCUACACAGCUCCUCCCCCGUCCAAUUCUCCGCCAACUUCGUUGACGGCCUCCAGUCCAACACCGAGACCGACUCCGCACGCGCCCGCUCCCUCGAACUCCAAAUCCAAGAGCGCGUAGCCCAAGAACUCGAGCGCCUUCGUGCCCGCGAACAGCAAACGCUGGCCGAGAUCGAGAAGAAGCUUGCCGAAGCCAAAGACGUCUCUUCUUCGACACCCGCGCCCAACUACACUCCCAGCAGUGGGGGUGCAGCUUCCUCCUACUACCCACCCGGAUCUCUGGACCUGGAUGCGCCCCGGAUCCCGUUCGCGGGGCGGGAGAGCUACUUCGCAGCUGCUGCUCCGGCGGUUGAGGCGGCGCAGCAGCCGAUUAACCGGGAACUGUCGCGGGAGAGCGUGAACAGUGAGAUUGAGGAGUUGAGGGCGAAGUUGGAGGGACGGAAGAAGUUGGUUGAGAUUGAUGCGGGGAUUGAGAAGGCUAGAUCGGAUGUGGUGAGUUGUUUGAGGUUGAAUGAUCGGAGGCCGUUGGAUUGUUGGAAGGAGGUUGAGGCGUUUAAGAAGGAGGUUGCUAGGUUGGAGGAGGGGUUUGUGGAUCGGAUUGUUGGGUAGAUGAUUUAUUCCAUAGGUGUUGAUGAUGAUGGGAUGGAUAUAUUUGAUAGAGAGAGUUGAGGUAUAGUGGUGUGUUCGACUGCUGCUGCUGCUGCUGUUGCCGAGUCAUCAAUCCCGGUUUGUGCAUGUGUGUAUAUGUAUACCUAGCUUGCUAGAGAAGGUUACUGGUUUCUGUUUUCA